AUGGCGUCUGCGAUGGCGACCAAGCGUUUGCGCAAGGAGUAUCUGGCCAUGCAGCGGAAGCCUGUAGACUACAUCCAAGCAGUGCCGUUAGAGACCAACAUUCUUGAGUGGCAUUACGUAAUCACGGGCACCAAGGACACACCUUAUGAAGAUGGUUACUAUCAUGGCAAACUUAAGUUCCCUCCUGAAUACCCUAUGAAACCUCCUUCGGUGCUGAUGAUGACGCCCAAUGGCCGCUUUAAGACAAAUCAGAGACUGUGUCUUAGUAUGUCGGACUUUCACCCGGAGACGUGGAACCCUAUGUGGUCCGUCAGUUCCAUCCUUACGGGAUUAUAUUCAUUUAUGCUGGAGAAUCAAGCUACGUUAGGAAGUAUUAGUACUACGGAUGCACAGAAAAAGAAGUAUGCGGCAGCGUCGUUGGAGACGAAUUGUAGCAAUGCUACAUUCCGGAAACUAUUCCCAGACUUGGUAGCAUUGCAUGAGGAACGAGAGAAAGCUCGAGCAUUGCUACGACAACUUGCACCAACAGGAGAAGGAACGACGACGUCUUGUAAUAGUACUAAAGAUGAUGCAGCUUUGGAGAGCGAAUGGUCCACGAUUAUAUACCUGAUGGGCAUUGUGCUCGUGGUGGCUAUGUUGGUGGCUUAUUGGCUGUCGUAA